AUGAACACAGAAUUCCCGAGAGGCAAAGAGUCAGAUGGAGUCGGAGUCGGUCACAGGAGUCGGGAGUCGGAAUCAGGAGUCGGCUGUCAGGAACUGAGUCGGACCACACCCAAGUCUCGUUUCUGUCUGUUGCCUGGUCGCUACUUCUGGCUUUUGGCGACUCUGUAUCUCUCUGCAGACAUUGUUCCUGGUCCUAUUCUGUGUCCGUUUUUUCAGGUUGUUCUUUAUCUCUGUCGUGUGUCUUUCUACCUUCUGGUCUCUGGAACCCUCUGCUUGCUUUGGUCCAGCCCCGCACUGUCAUCUCUUAAAUCAAUAAAGUCCUUUAUAGAGGGUUCCGCCAGUCCGACCUCCAACAGCCCUAGUAAUCACAGCCACUCUGCAAAUUUACCCCCACAUGUGCCUCAUUGCAAUCACCCUCCAGUCGCACCUCUCUUGCAGGAGGCGGCACCACCUUCGCUUCAGCCCAUCUAUACUUCGCCAAAUGCAGGACCCGUUGGUCUGGAUUUGAAUCUUCGACUACAUGGAUUCAACACCACUGCAAAUCAAGGUCCUGCUAUUUCGUCAUAUCCACAAGCUGCUCCUCUAUCUGGCUACUCAGCACCUACAUAUACCCAUUCAUCUUCUGUUGCUCCCGGUCUGCAAUUUUAUUCUGGCUCUACCCCUCGCCCACAGUACCCCACCUCAGGUCUCAUGCCUGCUAUUAUACCCACCUGCCCUAUGCAGCCAACUGCACCUGUACAUACUAUAGGCCAGACAUGCAGUUGUCAGACAUCAGCGAAGCCAGCGCCUGUAUCCCAAACCUUUCAGCCUCCUAAAACACAUCCUCUGAUGGCUAAAACAACUUCUGCUGCCCCAACUACUGUGCUCGCUCGCACUAACAAUUCCCAAGAACCAAAUGCUGUUACUCGCAAGUCAGGUCCAACUCGUGUUACCUCCGACAGCGAGAGUGUUUGUCUCCCUAGUGGACGGUACUGGAGCUUCUGGCCCGAUGGCGAAUGGGCGAUGGACCUCACAGGUGCAGAUACUGAAGAUCCUCAUACCAAAAAGCUCAUGGUGCACUGGCCUUGUACUGCAUAUGGUACUCCCAAGGGUCACAAAGGCUCAGUGGAUGCUGACACAUGGGAACAAGGUGCUGUAAAGCGUCGUAGAUGUAAUGGAAUUAUCUCUUGCACUACUCCAAAAUGUCCAUACACCCUCCGCCCCCUCGCCGACACUAUCAGGACCAUCCAGAACCAGGCAUCAUCCACUCCAUGUCUCAACUGCAAGAAAUGCACUCUGAAGCAUGAACCGUGUGGUGUUAUGCUUCGCAUAUACAAGUACAAGCAUGGUGCUCAUGUGAUGAACUCUGGUUUCCAUACCCAUCCUCGCAUUCCCCGUCUUUUGCAUCUCACACCAGACGAAGAAACACAGAUCCAUACUGUUAUUGAAGAACACCCUAUGGCUGGACCCUCAGAGCUUGUCACAGGACGCAGAGGCUUGUCUGGCCCACGGGAUUCGGUUGCUGUUAUCUCUUCUGUCCUGGAAAAUCCCCAGCGAGUUGCUUACGAGAAGCAAAAACUGAAGAAUUCCCUCAAGAUGCCUUUCGAGCGAGCAUGGACCGAGUUUCAAAAUAAAUACCCGGGUUUUAUCCUCGACGAUUUUACCAAGCUUGGGCCUGACAUAUCUGUCAUUAUAUGCCAAUCUGCAUUCAUGCGAUCACAUCUAGUUCAGGAACUUGAAGGGGGAAUUGUGACUGAUGCCGCACAUGGUUUUUGGGCUGAUCGCAACUCGGUCCUUAUAACGAGUUCAGUCUACUCUGAGGAUCUUUCUCACUGGAUUCCUGUCAUCAUCACCUGGGCUAAUGGAACUACUGCCGAACACUAUAAACAUCAUUUCUCUGCGCUCUUCCACACUAUGGAUAUUGAGCUCACCCAGCGCAAUAUGCAUGUUACCGAUGACAUGUUUGCCAAUAACACUGCAAAACUGCUACUCAAGGGGUGUCAGCAACAUUUUUGUGCAUCAGUGGAGCGUGUUCGCCGCAUUGGCUGUGUUGUCAAGUCAAAUCCUCAGCGGUUUGAAGAGCGUACAAAAAGCCUUAUUCAUAUUCACGAUGGCGAGGAGUUUCGGAAAGUCGUCCAAGCUAUUACAGACAAGUUCCCUGAUACAACUGAAUGGCUUCUCUGGUGGCUACACCCAGAUCGUGCUGCUAUGCUCUUUCGCAAGGAUACCAAAAUGCCUGAGGAGAUAUGGGAUUGGCUGCAGGAUACUACGAAUGCACAGGAGGCAAUGCACCACAAGAUGUAUGCUCACAUCGGCAAGGAUCACGAGCUUAUUUCUGGCUUUCAGUCACUGCGAGCAUUUAUUGCUCGCGAGGAACACCAGGCUCAUGCUCGUGCAAGUGGCAUAUUGACAGAGUAUCAGCCCACUCAGAGGUCAUUGAAAAACCAAGCCAAGCAUGGUCAUUCAAAGCCAGACCGAGCACCGACUGCACAUCAGCACUAUGAUCGCUCUGAUUACGCGCCACCAGAUACAGCUGCACAGCUUCACAAAAGCAGUCAGAAGGACUGGGUCCAAAAAGCUCUUGAUCGCCUGGCCACGGGGUUUGCUGGCAACACGAUAUCAGUAUCUCUGCAAAAAAAAGUUCAUCUUGCUGCACACCCUCCAUCACAGACAAACGAACACCGACAGUCAUCAUUUCCAUGGUUUGAUAACUCCUGCUGGCUGGACACAAUGCUUGAACUUAUCUCCUGUGCAACUUUUUGGGACUAUUGGGCUAGCUUUUAUCCCCGUUUCCAGGCUCUAGACAGUACCCACCCUUUGCAUACACUUGGUCGGGUGAUCCACCAACGUGUUACCAUGGACACUACUACACUAUCCAUAGAAGGCCAAAUCGAAAUUCUGCGACUUCUGCAAGAUGGUUUUCGGCGAGAUCUAGGAUGGCUUGGAACCCCGUCACAUGCCUGUGUAUCUCUUCAGAAAGAGCACUGGCAAUUUGCAUCAGUUCCACAAACUUCAUUCUACUACCAGCUCACACGUCCACUCGCAAGCAGAUAUAAUGGACUUGUUACUGAAUGGUUCAAGACGAAGUUUUCCAGGCCCAGCAAGGACCAGCGCAGCCAAUGCUGGUGUCAGCCUUUAGGCGACUCGGGGUCAGACAUACACAUGGUCUUUAUUAUUGAAGUGGAUGAAACUAUUGCCUCACGCUCCGAAUAUCCUGGGUCGCCAGAAUGGGACAUUCCAGAUAUCCUACGGCCUCUCACUCUGGCGAAAGAGAAAUCGCACCAGCUGGUGUACCGACUUGUGGGCCGGGCAUUUUACGAUGCAGAAACCUCUCAUUUCAGUGCUCGUGGUGUGACAUCUGAUCGUCAACACAUCUACUCGUAUGAUGGCAAAGACAAGGGACAUGCUUAUGUGAUUGCCCGAUCUUCGGUAGGGAGUCAUCUUGCUGGAACUCACAAAAAUCUUGGUCUUCCACCUUCGGUCUCAACAUCCCUUGUCCUCUAUCACCUUGAAGGAGGCACCGAGGCGCAGCGUCACUUUACCCGGCACCAGCUGGCAGAAUUACAGAAAACAUACAGCAUUGUGCCACUUGUUCCUACCAGUUCACUGACAGCUGGGCAGGAAUCAAUACCUCGGGCUCUGCACAUGGUAGAUGAGCACCUGCUCCCUGUGGACAACAGUAGUAUCUUCUGGUCAAAAUUAGGCAAAAACCUCGAGUACUACAAGUUUCAGCGACCAUCAGGCCAGCCCGCAACUCCAUCAAAUAAACCUGUGUCUCCUGUUGAGCCUCCAUUCACGAAGUGGACUGCCGCUGCGGCAUUCGUGGAAAUGGUCAUAUUCUUUGAAUCGCCGAACGGGCUAUUUUCUGUGACACUUGCCAAAACUGGUCGCAUCUUGCCUGUCAGUACGAUGGACAGGCAAGUGAUCUGGGGCCACGGGCCAAAUUUGAAUGUGAUACGUGCAGUGCGACCACUAUCCGAGAGCUCAUGGGGGCUAAACCUGAAAGGCCGCUUUGUGCUAUCCGUGCCCAGCAAGUUCUGGCAGCUCGCCUCAAGUAAAGGGGGUCUUGCCCGCUUUGGCAAAUUUUGGUAUCCGGUCCGCAUUGUUGACACUGAAAACCUGCUGGGCAAGGCUUAUUUCUUUGUAAAGUGGUGGCGAGGAAAUCACUACACGUCUCCCCGGUCACCUCAAGACCUUGCACGACCUGUCCUUCUUGAUGAUCUGGUAGAUGCUUUAUGGAAUGAUGCAAAAGCACGUCGACAGAUAAAGCUUGGAAAAUGGCAGCAUUCAUGGGAAUCAGCAAUGUCGGCCAGCAUUGAAGAAACUCUUGCAUCAUUCACAAGUCCUAUUUCCUGUCCAAGUGUGGCUAUUGCCAGUGCUUUGCUGCCACACCUGGGCAUGCUCACCAAUAUGGUCAACAGGCUGGAAUAUCCAGAACAUUUUCCUCACUCGUUGGCUGCUCAGUAUUCAGCUAAAAACCCUCAAGAAAGGCCCCCUGUUUUUGGUGGCCUGCUUACUGCUAGUGAUGCAGCACAGAUUGCCCGCUGGAUCCUCCUUAAUGUUCCUGGUUCAGCUUCGGGCAUUGCAUGGCCAUGGCAUAAUCAUUGGCCCCACUCGCAUGCUUCUGCCAUUGUAUAUGCUACCCGACUGGCGGGUACAAUUCCGUCAAAUGCUGAAAUAGUUGAAACCCAGGACAUUUUAACUGUAGCAUGGGAGCAUCUGCUCAAGGCCCGUCUCCAGGGUGUUGAAGCACAGCUUCGCCAGGUAGACGUCGACUGGGAAUGUCUGCAUCUCCUAGAGCAGAGAAUGUUUACUGACUCUCCUGAAGCCGGAGUCGCUGGUAAUGAGCAGUGGGGUUGGGAUAUUGGUCGCCAUCAAGAUAACUGGAGUCCAUAUGCUGGUGUUCCUUCUCACUGGAAAGAAUACCGUGUUGAGCACGAAGAUGAGCUCGAGGUAGGUAGCCAGUUCUCAGGGACACCUGAUGAUACUGUCCCGACCGCAAUCGCUGGCGAGGUUACCGAGUGCCCGCCACUACCACGAAAACAUAUACCCAAACCUCGCAGAAAGAAAAGGAAGCCAGAAGAAAGCCAGUCCGAGGCUGUUCCUGCUGGCCCAGGCAGUGCGAAACGACUUCGGUCAGGGGCUAGACUUGUUGGAAUUGACAAGGCAUCACGCAGUCCGACGGUGCCCCAACGUCGGCCGUGUUCCUCCAUCGUGGUUGCAGCGCAGGCGAUGCCAGAUUUCGGUGGCAUCAACGCUGCGACGCAGGCGCCAACAUCGGACAUGUCAACAUUGUGA